UCGCAGCUCCAUCCAACCCAUCCUCGUGGUUUCCUUCUCCGAUCCCAAACCCUAGAUCCCCAAUCCCCGCCCCCAAUUCCGCUUCCCAUUCCCUUCGAUCCCUGAUCCCCCUCCCGUGAUGCUUUGAUCCCUCUCCCACUCCCACCAAGGUCGCCAUGGAGGUGGCCGCGCAGCUGCGGCGCGGGAUCUCUCGCCAGUUCUCCACGGGAUCGAUUAAGCUCAGCGGAAAGUUCAGCUUCAAGCGCCAGUCCUCGUUCGAUCCUGCGCGUCCUGGAGGGAACUCGAGCCGCCGGUUCGCGUUUGGCCGGCAGUCGUCGCUUGACCCGAACCGUCGGAGCCCUGUGCACGAGGAGCUCAGCGUGCCUGAGAACCUUGACUCGACCAUGCAGCUUCUGUUUAUGGCGUGCCGUGGAGAUGUUAAGGGGGUGGAGGAGUUGCUCAAGGAGGGAGCUGAUGUGAAUAGUAUCGAUCUUGACGGGCGUACGGCGCUGCAUAUUGCGGCUUGCGAAGGGCAUGUUGAGGUAGUGAAGCUUUUGUUGCGGUGGAGGGCUAAUAUUGAUGCUCGGGAUCGAUGGGGAAGCACGGCGGCGGUGGAUGCGAAGUAUUAUGGGAAUACGGAGGUCUUUAACAUAUUGAAAGCCAGAGGAGCUAAAGUUCCGAAAACCAGGAGGACCCCAAUGGCUGUCUCGAAUCCCAGAGAAGUUCCAGAGUAUGAGCUGAAUCCAUUGGAGCUUCAGUUUCGCAGAGGGGAGGAUAUUUUGAAGGGUGCAUAUCAAGUGGCUAAGUGGAAUGGCACAAAGGUUUCUGUCAAAAUAUUGGACAAGGAGUGUUAUUCUGAUCCAGAGAGCAUAAAUGCUUUCAAGCAUGAGUUGGCUCUUCUGCAGAGGGUGCGGCAUCCUAAUGUGGUUCAAUUUGUUGGAGCUGUUACCCAGAAUAUGCCCAUGAUGAUUGUUUCUGAGUACCAUCCUAAAGGUAAUCUAGCUAGCUAUUUGCAAAAGAAAGGACGGCUUCAACCACAUAAAGCAUUUAGAUUUGCCCUUGAUAUUGCCAGGGGGAUGAAUUAUCUCCAUGCUUGCAGACCAGACCCCAUCAUACAUUGUGAUUUAAAGCCAAAAAAUAUUUUGCUCGAUGAUGGUGGGCAACUAAAGGUGACAGGCUGUGGCUUGAUAAAGCUGUCAAAAUUAUCACCAGAUAAAGUCAGAUUGGCACAUCCAAUGCAAAUUGAUGGCUCCAAUUUGUAUUUGGCACCAGAGGUUCACAAUAAUGAAAUAUUUGAUGGAAAGGUUGAUUCAUACUCGUUUGGACUUAUUCUUUAUGAGAUGAUUGAAGGAGCGCCUGCUUUCCAUCCAAAGCCUCCUGAAGAAGCUGCUAAAAUGCUUUGCGUAGAAGGAAAGAGGCCACAAAUGAAAAACAAAUCUAAAAGCUAUCCUCUUGACAUCAGAGAGUUGAUUGAAGAAUGUUGGGAUCCACGGCCUGUAGUGAGACCAACUUUCUUAGAGAUAAUUGUGCGGCUGGACAAAGUUGUUGCGAACUGUGGGAAGCAGGGACGGUGGACAGGCAACUUCAAGCUUCCUUGGAAAUGAAGAAAUCGGCCCACCUCGAUACAUACCUCGGGUGUCAUCAUUCACGUUGUUACUAUAUUGUACAAUUAAUAGAAUAAUAAAUUCAAUAAAAAGGGAAAUGCUCGGAGAUUAUCAAAAAUCAUAUGCUGUAUACAUUGAGGAAGGACUGUAGGAGCAGUUCACUAAUAAAUAGAAAGAAUACCCGAAUACGGAGUUCUAUACACUCCUUCCCAACAAGCAUUUGGUUUGGUAAUCUCUGCCAACAAUCAGGACAUGCAGAGCAUUUCUUUGGACUGAAAAACAACUGAAAACCGAGCCUGAUCCAAUGUUCUUAGAAACCUAGAUUGCCUGUGUUACACUCUCAUGUUACACUGUAUCUUUUUCUUACUCAUCUUUUCUUUUUUGUUUUGCUUUCUGUUUUGUUGGUUAAGUGCUUGUUUAUGACUGUUGUAAAACUUUCUCUUCCAGGCUGUGUAAUAUAUAGUAUUACUCAAUUUAUUCAGUA